AUGCUACCGGACAAUGGUGGUAGAUUGGGAGGUUACUCAGGAGCUGCAGUGUGGGGAAGCAGCCCCGCCAUUGAUAUAUCCAGGAGACAUGUAUAUGUGGCUACUGGGAACCUCUACACAGCUCCACCUGGGGUGACCAAAUGUCAAGAGAGGCAGAAUAACCAGAGAGGAAAACCUACCCAUCCUGAUCAGUGCAUUGGUCCAGAUAUCAACUUCAAUUCAAUUCUGGCGUUGGAUUUGGAUUCUGGGAGGAUUGUAUGGUCCAGGCAACUUGGCGGAUAUGAUGUUUUCUAUUUUGCUUCUUUGGUACCAAACAACCCUGACUGCCCACCGGGACCUAAUCUGGAUGCCGACUUCGGAGAGGCACCCAUGCUGCUCACCAUACACCCUAACCGAACAAGGCGUGAUGUCGUAGUGGCCGUGCAGAAAAGCAGGUUUGCAUGGGCACUAGCCCGUGACAAUGGAACGAUAGUCUGGCUAAUACAUUUGCUGGACUUUGUAGUUGGCGGGUCCAAAGGAGGAGGCAUAUGGGGUGCAGCCACAGAUGGGAGAAGAGUGUAUACAAACAUUGCCAACGGCGACCGAGAAAACUUCACUCUUGCACCUUCAAGCCAGACAACAACAGCUGGCGCACGGGUAGCUCUUGAUGCAGAUUCAGGGGAGAUUUUGUGGACAACUGCAAACCCUAGUAAUGACACUGCCCAAGCACCUGUCACAGUUGCUAAUGGCGUUGUUUUUGCUGGGUCGGCAGCUUCGAAUGGUCCCAUUUAUGCUAUGAAAGCACUCUGGAAGAAUUUUGUGGUCGUAUAA